AAGAUUAACGAGUUAUCGAACGAAACAGAAACAAAACCAUCCAUCAACAUGAACACCGUACUGCUGGAAUCUCGGCCAUACCGGCCGUUCAAAUCGAGCGAGGAGUAUCUGUACGCGAUGCGGGAAGAUUUAGCGGAAUGGUUGAACACGAUGUAUCCGGACCUGCGCAUCAAUGUGGAAAACUUUAUGGACCGGCUGGAUACGGGUGUAGCGCUGUGCAAGCAUGCCAACAACGUACGAGUGGCCGCCGAACAGUACGUCGCCCGGCGCAUGGCACGAAACAAAUCCAUGACGAAAUCGAUCACAUCCGGGCUGGCCGGUCCGAUCCUUAGUAUGGGCAAUGUGCACUUUCUGGCCGCGGCCAAGAGUGGCACCUUCUUCGCCCGCGACAACGUUUCCAACUUUAUCACAUGGUGCAGAAAAAGCCUUCAGAUUCUCGAGUGUCUGCUGUUCGAAACGGACGAUUUGAUAAUGCGCAAGAACGAAAAACACGUCAUCCUGUGCCUGCUGGAAGUUGCGCGGCGUGGUGCCAAGUUCGGAAUGCUUGCGCCCAUGCUGGUACAGAUGGAGCGUCAGAUCGAUCGGGAGAUUGCGGCCGAUAAUCGGGCUAAUGCUGGCGUCGGCUGUGGCACACAGACAGAGGGCGAGGGCGGUGGUUCUGGCAAUGGCAUAUCUACUGGCACAGAGACGGAACUUUACGACAGUGACAGCGAGGAGGAAGACCACGAAUCGGAGUCACCAAUGCUGAUGUACGGCCCACAGCCACAGAUCGUCACGAACGAUUUGAAGAGCCUGGACGAAAUGGUUCGUGAUCUGGUGGAAAAGUGCACCUGCCCGUCCCAGUUCCCGAUGGUGCGCGUCUCGGAGGGCAAGUACAGAAUCGGCGAUACCAAAGUGCUCAUUUUCGUACGGAUUCUCCGUUCACAUGUGAUGGUCCGCGUUGGUGGCGGUUGGGACACGCUUGCACAUUACCUGGACAAGCACGAUCCGUGUCGUUGUAGAUCGCAGCAUCGUUCGUCCGCUUCAGCACGGCUCAUCACCAAAACGAACAACGCGAAUGGAAUCGAGCUGCACAAAGCUCAGGUUCACUAUGAUCGUUCGGGAUCUCCGUGGAAAUCGAACGCUACGCCCAGCCAGAACGGAUCGCCGAUCAAUGGUGCUGGUAGCAACAGUAACAACAACACCUUGUCACCUCCAGCACGUGCCAGAAGUCGCAGUCGUAGCCCCAGUGCACCACGUCGUUUACCGGCCGAAAAUGGGGACAAAUUGCAACCGCCAGGAUCUCCGCUGAAAACAGCACGACGCUCAGUGUCACCGAGUCCGCGCCGGAUGCAGGAGAACAGUGUGGCCAGCAAGCGCAAAACUGUCGGUACGGCAAACAGUGCUACUGCGGGUGGUGUAGUACACUUUGAAUGUGAUAAGGAUCCGGUGGCACCGGUAGUUGGAGCGACAACCGCUUUACCAUCGGAAGAUGACAAGAAUCGUUACGAAAGUGUCAGCGACAAUGGCAGUGAGAUCAGUGACGAGGGUUACCGUAGUCUGGGUUUGGUGCAGGGUGGCCAUACUGUAGGUACUAGCGCGAAUGGAGCUGGUGGUCAGCGUAAGGGUUUCGGAAACAGUCAACAUUCGAGUGAAGAUGCAGAUACUAAUGCGCAUCUCGAUACGACCACUUCGGACUCGCCGGCCAGCCCAACGGAGGAGGAAUGUUCCACGAAAACGAACGACGAAGAAGAUCUGACACCCAUCUCGGACGAACUAGUAGUAGCGAACGGUUCCACGCCAGACAUUCGUCACUACAUCACCCAGCACGAUUCACUCAUCGAUUGCCCGGACGGUGCUAUCUCAACUGGUCCAGCUUCCGGAUCAUUCGAAAGCUACGGUGUGUACGUGAACGAUGACGAAAUCACGGUGGACAUUGCAAAUGCGACCGGUUUGCGCAAGACGGACUUUUCCGACCGCAUUAUGGACCGUGCCAGUGUGGCUCCUUCUGCAGCUGGUGCUGGCGGUGCCGGUACGCGUAUACCGCGGUCCCCGGUUGGGCCGCGACGAAAGGAAAGUGCCGAAAGCACCGCCAGCGGUACGGUUACCGACGAGUUGGCGGUGGUGAGCAACCAGACCGGACUCCGUAAAACAUCCAUCGCCAAAUCGGUCCCACGCAAACCGACCGCACUCGCCGGUUCCACCGUGAACACGCACACACCGGACGCUUCGGCAAAGGAAACGAACACGUGGAGUGGACGAUCAAACAAAAAGCGACCAUCGCUAACGUCACAAACGUUUAGUGCAACAGCGAAAGGAACUAAUGUACCCGCGCCGGCACCAUUCACACGCAACUCGCCUGUUCGUGCUUCGCUGGCAGCGGAACGUAUGAUGACGGGUCGGAACCGGACACCGAAAGCGACCGGUUCCGCCUGUACCUCCACCAAUACGUCACCGAGCAAGAGUUCGUCGGAUGCGGUGGCACUCCUGUUGCAGCAAAUUAAGGACACGCUCGAUUCGGGCUCAAACGAUACCCAGAUUGUGGAACGCGUAAGGCGGCUAGUGUCGCAAACGAGUGUGCCGGACGAGUUGGUGAACGAUUUCACCACCGCCUGGGUACACUCGAAUGGGAAUCUCGAUCGAUCGAAGGUGAUACUGGCGGCCGGUUCUGGCACUGGAUCAUCGCCCUCCAAACCACAGUCUACGUUGUCUAAGCGAGCCAGUACGCUAUCCAAUGCUUCAGACAGUACGCAGUCAAACUGUCGCGAUUUAGCGUCCGUUGUGUCGCCGCGGCGUCUUGAUAAGGGCCUGUCGAAGAUACCGGCUCCGGUGCGUUCGAACACGGGACUAUAUUGACAACGUGUUGCGUAUCCCGUAUGGUCAGAUG